AAAAAUUUGUCAAGACAGCUUUCAAAACCUCUGCUGUCUGCCACGCAGGGGAGCAGCACUGUCCUGCUGGUAGACUUCACCUUGCUCUGCACCUGCAGGCUGACAACAGGGGAGGACAACAGUGAGUUUUUCACAGACUUCCUACAAACACUGCUGGUGGGGUCCCCAGAAGAGCUGCAUGAGGAGCCCCUGAGCAAGCACGAUAUCAAUGCAGAGGCCAAGCUGGCUCUGACCGAGCUCAAGUCCUGCAGAGAUGUCCUACAACCCGUGCUCAAGGCGGAGCUGGUUAAGCUGCAGGUCCAAGUGCUGGGCAGGCAGGAUGGUGCCUAGCAGACCCCAGA